AUGCCAUACACCACUGAAGGCACGGCGUGGCCGACAUCGGUCACGCUCCCCGACUCGAUCAAAGACCUCAUCGCCGUCUUCUACACCCUGGCCGACGACAAGUCCGCCGACGCGGGCCCGCGCAUGGCCAAGGAAAUCUUUACCGCCGACGCGCAUUUCGGCGGUGCCACGGCAGUGCACAAGGGCAGUGAAGACAUCGCACAUAGCAGAGUCAACGCGUGGAAAACAGUGACUUCGCGCCGCCACGUCGUGAAAAAGGUCUUUGCUCACGACGCCGCCGGCCACGACCUCCUGCUUCUGGCCGAGCUCGAACAGGGCUUUGUCAAUGGGAAGAGCCUGCUCUCGCCCUUCGUCGUGCACGUCGUCGUCGAUGCCGACAGCGUCAAGGCGGGCAGUCCGAGAUUUAGUUAUAUGCAGGUCUAUGCUGACACCGCCCCCGUGAUUGCCGCGUUGAAGGGAUGA